UCGCACGGAAGCCACAACUUUGUAUACAUUGAUAAUAAAUUUCAUCAAGAACAGCAUAUCCUAAAUGAACGCCGAACAGAAGGAACUGAGACGUUAUUCAGAUAUGAUCUUAAAGUGUAAUCGUUAUUGCCCAAAAUAUUGAAAAUAUAUUAAGUGUUAUAAAGUUGAAUGUGUUCUCAUUACAAAACUAGUAAUGUCUUAACUUCUCGUUUUUUUUUUAUUCAAAGUAAAAACACAAUGAAAUGUGUUAUUCUACAUGCCAUAUUGCUCGAGUGAAGUGCUUCGCUUUUUGCUACUUUUUCUAUUGCUUACUCAAUACGAUUGCAAAUUACUCAAAAUCGUACGUGAAAAUGGAUAUCGGGAAUAAAACUUCUGCUAUAAUUACAUGGAAUUUAAUAAAAAUGACUAUUCUGAAAAUCGAACAGUAUUACAUACCGAUUUUCAUGUGCCUGAGUCUGCUGGGCAAUUCUCUGUCCAUAUGCGUGUUUUUCCGCUCGAAGCUACGUUAUUUCUCGUCCAGCAUCUAUCUGAGUGCGUUAGCAGUAAGCGACACCGGUGUUCUAGUAACAAUUAUUAUCUCCGAAUCAAGUGCGAAUAAAGUCUUCCGAAUCUGCAUCCAAAACUUUUUUGCCUUUAUAAGUGUGUGGCUUGUUGUGGCCGUUACUGUUGAGCGAUAUGUGGCGAUCAAGUGGCCGCUUCUUCGUCGAUCUUUGUGUACGAUUACCCACGCAAAAAUUGUGGUGAUUAUACUGACUGGAAUAGCGGUUUUUUUCACGAUCCCGUGGUUUGAGUUCUUCUUUUCUAUUGAUAUUCAUACUCAAGAUAAUAAUACGAAAAGCGAGAUCUCCGAUACUGAAGAUAAAAAUAACAUAAAAAGUUUGAUUUUAAGAAUUAUGGAUAUGAUUAUCAUGUUUGCUCUGCCCUUAAUCAUGAUACUAAUAUUUAACACACUGAUAGUGUGGAACAUCUACAAACAAAAUCAUAUCCAAAAGGAUUUGUUUAUAGAAUCCGGUACUUUCCGUGAACGGAUACAAAUUGCUAGCAAUGAAACGCAAACUAAAAUCACAAAAAUGCUCAUUCUCAUCUCGAGUACGUUCAUUUGCUUAAACACACCUGUGUAUAUCUGCUGGUUUAUUAACGAUUAUCACAUUUCGAAUAAACCGAUAUGGCUGGAUGUAGCGUGGCAUAUAAGCGAUUUAUUAUGGAUGAUGAAUUAUGGAAUAAACUUUGUUCUUUAUUGCGCAAGUGGACAUAAUUUUCGUAGAGCGUUAAUUCGCAUGUUUACGAGACGUCAAGAUACCGGAAGAAACAACAACCUGACGCAAAUACAGAAUUAUGAGUGAAUUGAUAUUCAAUUAUCGUGAAAUAAUACAUCGAUGGAAUAUGCACCACGUAUUUCUAUAAGUCUGUUUUAUAUAACACAAAAAUAUAUUUUGCAUAACUUAUUUAACAAUAUCUAUAAUAUUCCGA